CUUUGUUGUUUAAGGAAAUUAGUUUAAGUUUUACCUUUCUGGAACUCAUCACCAUGAGGAUAUAUUUAUUAGGCUUAUUGGGAAUGUUAAUAUUGAGAAUCAGCAGACAGGAAGAUAGUUGCCAGGUUUGUUCCUGGAAGACUAACAUCCACUGUGGAAUAGCUGCGGAUGAUAGCUGUGCAUUUGGGGGCCUGAACAAAUGCCUCGUGGAACGAGCUUCAUGCCUUCGACAAAUGAACAACUUGACACGUAUCUUUUACCCAAAUUAUGAAAGGAAAAUGUCCCACGGACAAGCCAAGAUGUCCAAAAACUGAUGUAUUGUAUAAAAAAAUUUUGUCAAAAUUGAUCGGGUAAGAUCAAUUUAAUAAAUUCUUUGUCAUCUUGUGCUAAUUACAAAAAAAUA